GAAGAAGCCAGCAUCCAAAAGAGAACAACAAUCACACAACACAGGAUGUGUCCUGCAUGGCUAUUAGUGUGUGCGGUUCUGGUGGGCGUGUCCAGAGGAACCAUCAGUCGAUGCUGGGACCAAUCAGAGUGUGAGGAGUCUGAUGAGACGCUCCGUGACCCUCAUGACGCCCAACUCCAGCCUCCUCGCCUGCCGGACACCUCUUCCUCCCCGGUUGCCAAACGCUCCUACUCUAUGGAGCACUUCCGCUGGGGGAAGCCUGUUGGCCGAAAACGCCGCCCCAUCACAGCGUACAUCUCCAGCGGGGCGAAGGACUCAUCAGAAAUGUUUCCUGCAGAGAUGAGGCGAGAUUUAAGCAAAGGAGCAGAUGAGGAGGUGACAGAGGAGCAGCUCUUGGACAUGGCCCAGAAGAAAGACGGUUCCUACAAGAUGAAGCACUUCCGCUGGAGCGUCCCGCUUGCUAGCAAACGCUAUGGCGGCGUCACGCAGAGCUGGGACGCCACCAAGCUGAGGCCGCUGCUGGUCAGGCUCCUCAACAAAGACGCACAGAAUACAGUAGAAUAGUACUAAUAGUAAUAUUCAGAAAUAUUCAUAAAGUCUUGCAAACAAAAACACCAGACUGCUCAUUUAUUGUAUUCCUGUGCCUCGCCUGGGGGGCACAUACCGCCCCCCAUGUACGCCUUUUCUUGGUUUCAGUUAGGAGUACUGUCUGUGAAAAAUAAAUCUACCCUGAAAACCCUCCUUCUGUCUGUAAAAAAUCUAAAGGCUGCGAUUGGUCGGUUUGGAAUACAUUCUUCUCUGGG